GCCGGCCGAACGAGACCACUGGGAAAUUCCCUGAUCCGGUCUGCGUCUCGCUACACCCAGGCAACGUCCUUGGCCGCCGGGUCUCUGUCACCAGCCUCGAGAGGACGGACCCAAGCCCCGGGCCUAGCACGGGAGGGGCCCGGGUCUGGGAGAAUAAUUGCUACGUUCCAGUCCUGGAGGCUUCUGUUAGCCAGACUGUGAGCCCUGACGGGUUCUCAAGGCCCUGCUGGCUAGGCAGUGGUGCUUCUCCCAGCGCUCAUGAGGAACUGAGCCUAAUCUGGUGUCUGGAGGAACAAGUUGUAGCACCGAUCGCGCCCAGCACAGAUUUUCCCUUUCCCCACCACCCAAACCUACUCUCCUGCUUCAUUCCUCCCAGAUCCCACGGUCCCUAAACAGUGCACCAGCCGGAGGUCCCAACCCAGCGGGAGAAGUGGACAUGAGGUUGGCAGGCCCCCUGCGCAUCGUGGCCCUAAUCAUCACUAUGGGUCUCACCUGGAUCCUAGUCACCAUCCUCCUGGGUGGUCCUGGUGGUGGCCUUCCUCGAAUUCAGCAGUUCUUCACCAGCCCAGAGAACUCAGUGACAGCAGAACCAAGGGCCAGGAAGUACAAGUGCGGCCUGCCCCAGCCAUGUCCUGAGGAGCACCUGGCCUUUCGCAUAGUCAGCGGGGCUGCCAAUGUCAUCGGGCCCAAGAUCUGCCUCGAGGACAAGAUGCUCAUGAGCAGCGUCAAGGACAAUGUGGGCCGUGGGCUGAACAUUGCCCUGGUGAAUGGGGUCAGUGGUGAGCUCCUGGAAGCCAGAGCCUUCGACAUGUGGGCUGGAGGGAAGGGCUGCUCAGUGGAACCUAAAGUUCCAUUGCCUGUGGGCCCAUCACCAACAGAUGUCAAUGAUCUCUUGAAGUUCAUCCGGCCAUUGCAUGAAGGUACCCUAGUGUUUGUGGCAUCCUAUGAUGAUCCAGCUACCAAGAUGAAUGAAGAGACCAGGAAACUUUUUUCUGAACUGGGCAGCAGGAACGCCAAGGAGCUAGCCUUCCGUGACAGCUGGGUGUUUGUGGGAGCCAAAGGUGUACAAAACAAGAGCCCCUUUGAGCAGCAUGUGAAGAACAGUAAGCACACCAACAAAUAA